UUCUGGACACUAUGUGGAAAUGCUCUGACUGCAAAAAGAGGGAUAUUUGGCAAAACAGGGGAUCUUCAGACCAUCCUUUGCCUUGCAUGUGCCAAAGAAGACAUCACCUACUCUGGUGCUUUAAAUGGUGACAUCUAUGUCUGGAAAGGGCUCACCUUAGUCCGCACCAUUCAAGGAGCACAUAGUGCUGGAAUCUUCAGCAUGUAUGCUUGUGAAGAAGGCUUUGCUACUGGUGGGCGAGAUGGUUGUAUACGGUUAUGGGACACUGAUUUCAAACCAAUAACCAAAAUUGAUCUCAGGGAGACAGAACAAGGAUAUAAAGGCCUCUCUAUCCGGAGCGUGUGCUGGAAAGCAGACCGCCUGCUAGCAGGUACCCAGGACAGCGAGAUAUUUGAAGUGAUCGUGCGGGAGCGGGACAAACCCAUGCUGAUCCUACAGGGCCACUGUGAGGGGGAGCUCUGGGCUCUGGCCCUGCACCCCAAGAAGCCUUUGGCUGUGACAGGCAGUGAUGAUCGCUCUGUCAGGCUGUGGAGCCUGGCUGACCAUGCCUUGAUUGCCCGCUGUAACAUGGAGGAAGCAGUUCGCAGUGUGGCCUUCAGCCCUGAUGGAUCUCAGUUGGCCCUAGGCAUGAAGGAUGGCUCUUUCAUUGUUCUCCGGGUCAGAGAUAUGACAGAAGUGGUUCAUAUCAAAGAUCGAAAGGAAGUCAUUCAUGAAAUGAAGUUUUCUCCAGAUGGUUCUUACCUCGCAGUGGGAUCCAAUGAUGGCCCAGUGGACGUCUAUGCUGUCGCUCAGCGGUACAAGAAAAUUGGAGAAUGCAACAAGUCCCUUAGUUUCAUUACACACAUCGACUGGUCCUUAGACAGUAAAUACUUGCAAACUAAUGAUGGUGCAGGAGAGCGAUUGUUCUACAAAAUGCCAUCCGGGAAGCCUUUAACGAGUAAAGAAGAAAUCAAAGGGAUUCCCUGGGCCUCCUGGACAUGUGUGAAAGGCCCUGAAGUGAGUGGAAUUUGGCCCAAAUACACUGAGGUUACUGACAUCAACUCAGUAGAUGCAAAUUAUAACAGCUCAGUGCUGGUGUCUGGAGAUGAUUUUGGACUGGUCAAAUUGUUUAAAUUUCCUUGUCUCAAGAAAGGAGCCAAAUUUAGAAAAUACAUAGGCCAUUCUGCACAUGUCACGAAUGUCCGCUGGUCCCAUGACUUCCAGUGGGUACUGAGCACAGGAGGAGCCGACCACUCAGUUUUCCAGUGGAGGUUCAUUCCAGAAGGUGUUAGCAACGACCUGCUGGAAGCCACACCACAGGAAGGUGGCACUGAUUCCUACAGUGAAGAAUCUGAUUCAGAUUUAUCUGAUGUGCCUGAGUUGGACUCUGAUAUUGAACAAGAAACUCAAAUCAAUUAUGAUCGCCAGGUUUACAAAGAAGAUCUACCUCAGCUAAAGCAACAAAGUAAGGAGAAAAACCAUGCAGUGCCCUUCCUCAAACGGGAGAAGGCUCCAGAGGACAGCUUGAAACUCCAGUUCAUACAUGGUUACAGAGGCUACGACUGUAGAAACAAUCUGUUCUACACGCAAGCGGGAGAGGUGGUCUAUCACAUUGCGGCAGUUGCUGUCGUGUACAACAGGCAGCAACACUCCCAGAGGCUGUACCUGGGGCAUGAUGAUGACAUUCUGAGCCUGACUAUCCAUCCAGUGAAGGACUACGUGGCCACUGGACAGGUUGGAAGAGAUGCAGCUAUUCAUGUGUGGGACACACAGACUCUAAAAUGCUUGUCACUGUUGAAAGGACAGCAUCAGAGAGGAGUGUGCGCACUUGAUUUUUCAGCCGAUGGAAAAUGUCUGGUGUCAGUUGGUUUAGACGACUUUCACAGUAUUGUAUUUUGGGACUGGAAAAAGGGAGAAAAGAUAGCCACGACCAGGGGGCAUAAAGAUAAAAUAUUUGUGGUGAAGUGUAACCCACACCAUGUUGACAAACUGGUUACAGUUGGGAUGAAGCAUAUCAAGUUCUGGCAACAAGCAGGUGGGGGCUUCACCUCUAAAAGAGGAGUUUUUGGAAGCAUUGGAAAACUGGAAACAAUGAUGUGUGUUUCUUACGGGCGAAUGGAAGACCUGGUGUUCUCAGGAGCAGCUACCGGAGAUAUUUUUAUCUGGAAGGAUGUCCUGCUCCUAAAGACAGUGAAAGCUCAUGACGGGCCUGUGUUCGCUAUGUAUGCCUUGGAUAAGGGCUUUGUCACAGGUGGAAAGGAUGGAAUUGUGGAGCUGUGGGAUGACAUGUUUGAAAGAUGCUUGAAGACUUACGCCAUUAAAAGAUCAGCACUGUCAACAAGCUCGAAAGGCCUGCUUCUGGAAGAUAACCCUUCAAUACGUGAUACCCUAGGGCAUGGACAUAUCCUGGUGGGAACAAAAAAUGGAGAGAUUCUGGAAAUUGAUAAGAGUGGCCCAAUGACACUGCUUGUUCAGGGGCACAUGGAAGGAGAAGUGUGGGGUCUGGCAGCUCACCCUCUCCUGCCCAUCUGUGCAACAGUGAGUGAUGAUAAAACACUUCGAAUCUGGGAAUUGUCCUCCCAGCACCGUAUGCUGGCAGUACGGAAACUCAAAAAAGGUGGAAGAUGCUGUGCCUUCUCCCCGGAUGGGAAAGCCUUAGCAGUUGGCUUGAAUGAUGGGAGUUUCCUGGUAGUAAAUGCUGACACUGUGGAAGACAUGGUCUCCUUCCAUCACAGAAAGGAAAUGAUUUCUGAUAUUAAAUUUUCAAAAGAUACAGGGAAGUAUCUAGCCGUGGCAUCCCAUGAUAACUUUGUGGACAUUUACAAUGUACUUACAAGCAAGAGGGUUGGCAUCUGUAAAGGAGCUUCUAGUUACGUCACCCAUAUUGACUGGGACUCUAGAGGAAAAUUAUUGCAAGUUAAUUCCGGUGCCAAAGAACAACUCUUUUUUGAAGCUCCAAGAGGCAAAAGGCACAUUAUAAGACCUUCAGAGAUUGAGAAGAUAGAAUGGGAUACAUGGACCUGCGUCCUGGGGCCCACCUGUGAGGGAAUCUGGCCAGCGCACAGUGAUGUGACUGACGUCAAUGCUGCCAGUCUUACCAAAGACUGCUCCCUCUUAGCCACAGGAGAUGAUUUUGGUUUUGUUAAGCUUUUUUCAUAUCCCGUCAAGGGGCAGCAUGCAAGAUUCAAGAAGUAUGUGGGACACAGUGCCCAUGUCACCAACGUUAGGUGGCUACACAACGACUCUGUGCUGCUCACAGUAGGUGGUGCUGACACAGCCUUGAUGAUUUGGACCAGGGAGUUUGUGGGAACCCAAGAGAGCAAGCUGGUAGACAGUGAGGAGUCGGACACAGAUGCCGAGGAGGAUGGAGGUUAUGACAGCGAUGUUGCUAGAGAGAAGGCCAUUGACUAUACCACCAAGAUCUAUGCCGUGAGCAUCAGGGAAAUGGAAGGCACCAAACCACACCAGCAGCUGAAGGAAGUGUCAGUGGAAGAAAGACCACCUGUUAGCCGAGCAGCUCCCCAGCCUGAAAAACUCCAGAAGAACAAUAUCACCAAAAAAAAGAAACUGGUUGAGGAGCUGGCACUUGACCACGUGUUUGGCUAUAGAGGAUUCGACUGUCGAAACAACCUGCAUUACCUUAAUGACGGUGCAGACAUCAUCUUCCAUACUGCAGCGGCCGGUGUCGUCCAAAACCUCUCCACAGGCAGCCAGAGCUUCUACCUGGAGCACACGGAUGACAUCCUGUGCCUCACAGUGAACCAGCACCCCAAGUACAGAAAUGUGGUGGCCACCAGCCAGAUAGGAACAACACCUUCAAUCCACAUUUGGGACGCCAUGACUAAACACACCCUCUCCAUGCUGCGGUGCUUCCACUCCAAGGGGGUGAAUUAUGUGAACUUCAGUGCAACUGGAAAGCUCCUGGUGUCAGUAGGAGUGGACCCCGAGCAUACCAUCACCGUCUGGCGAUGGCAGGAAGGUGCCAAGGUUGCUAGCCGAGGGGGUCACCUGGAGCGCAUAUUUGUGGUGGAGUUUCGCCCUGACUCAGACACACAGUUUGUAUCCGUCGGGGUCAAACACAUGAAGUUCUGGGCCCUGGCAGGCAGCUCCCUUCUUUACAAGAAAGGGGUCAUCGGGUCCAUGGAGGCAGCCAAGAUGCAGACAAUGCUGUCCGUGGCCUUCGGUGCUAACAACCUCACUUUCACGGGUGCAAUCAAUGGAGAUGUCUACGUGUGGAAGGACCACUUUCUCAUUCGACUAGUAGCCAAGGCUCACACAGGCCCCGUGUUCACAAUGUACACCACCCUCAGAGAUGGGCUCAUUGUGACUGGCGGGAAAGAGAGGCCAACCAAAGAAGGGGGUGCUGUAAAAUUGUGGGACCAGGAGAUGAAGCGCUGCCGGGCCUUCCAGCUAGAAACAGGGCAGCUGGUGGAGUGCGUGCGUUCUGUGUGCCGAGGCAAGGGAAAAAUUUUAGUAGGAACCAAAGAUGGAGAGAUAAUUGAAGUUGGUGAAAAAAACGCUGCUUCCAACAUCCUGAUUGACGGACACAUGGAGGGGGAGAUCUGGGGCCUAGCCACACACCCCUCCAAGGACAUCUUCAUUUCUGCCAGCAACGAUGGCACAGCCCGGAUCUGGGACCUGGCUGACAAGAAGCUGCUAAACAAGGUGACCCUGGGCCAUGCGGCCAGGUGUGCAGCCUAUAGCCCUGAUGGAGAGAUGGUGGCCAUUGGCAUGAAGAAUGGAGAGUUUGUCAUCUUGUUGGUGAACAGCCUGAAAGUUUGGGGGAAGAAACGAGACCGGAAAUCUGCCAUCCAAGAUAUCAGAAUCAGCCCAGACAACAGAUUUUUAGCCGUUGGUUCUUCUGAGCACACAGUUGACUUCUAUGACCUUACCCAGGGCACAAGUCUGAACCGCAUUGGCUACUGCAAAGAUAUUCCAAGCUUUGUCAUUCAGAUGGAUUUUUCUGCAGAUAGCAAAUACAUUCAGGUGUCAACAGGAGCGUAUAAGCGCCAGGUGCAUGAGGUCCCCCUGGGGAAGCAGGUAACCGAAGCCAUGGUCAUUGAGAAGAUCACCUGGGCUUCCUGGACAAGCAUUCUGGGAGAUGAAGUCAUUGGAAUCUGGCCUCGAAAUGCAGAUAAAGCUGAUGUCAACUGCGCAUGUGUGACCCAUGCUGGUCUGAACAUUGUCACAGGAGAUGAUUUUGGGCUGGUGAAGCUCUUUGAUUUUCCAUCCACGGAAAAAUUUGCCAAACAUAAGCGUUACUUUGGUCACUCAGCUCAUGUGACGAACAUCCGUUUCUCUUACGAUGACAAGUAUGUGGUCAGCACUGGAGGAGACGACUGCAGUGUAUUUGUGUGGCGAUGUCUGUAA